GCCUGUACAAGUUCCGAGACACUCUACGCCACUGGCCCAUAUUCGACAGCAGUUCCGGGUCGGGGUUUUAGUAAUUGCUGAUGGGGACGGCGGAAAAGGUUCGCCGAGCUGCAGGAACGGGCCUCAACUCACAAUUGGACGCAUCCCGAUCCAGCUUUAGCAUGAAGGUCAUGACCUCAGCAUAGGAUAGGUAUUUUUGCGCGUGAAGACGCGUCUUUCUCUUGUAUCGUGUCAAAAGUCAAUCAUCUUUGCUCUCCUCCGUCCACAAUCCAUCUCAAUUGCCCAUCUCCAACAGCAUCACGACUCGUCUCCCCCGCCCGCCAGCAUGCCCGUAGACUACGACCUCAAAGGCAAAGUCAUCGCCCUCACCGGCACCGCCUCAGGCAUCGGCUACGAAACCGCUUUACUCCUCGCCCGCCAAGGCGCCCACCUCUCUCUCUGCGACGUCAACGCCUCCGCCCUCCAAGAGAAAGCCACCUCAAUCUCUCAAGCCAGCACAUCAGGCAAAGUGCUCAGCACUGUCGUCGACGUCCGGCAAGACGUCGCCGUCAACGCCUGGAUAGCCAAAACGGUAGAAACGCUCGGCAAGCUCGACGGCGCUGUCAACAUGGCGGGCGUGAUCCCCAAGGUGAUCAAUAAAGAGCGAGUGGAGGACCUGAACAACGAGGACUGGCAUUUCGUGAUUGACGUCAAUCUACAUGGCGUGAUGUACUGUAUGCGGGCGCAGCUGCAGAAUAUGAAGGAGCGCGGGAGUCUUGUUAAUGCGGCGUCGAUUUGCGGAGUCAUUGGGUUCCCGAAGAAUGCGGCGUAUACGGCGUCGAAACAUGCGGUUAUUGGGCUGAGCAGGACGGCAGCGAAGGAGGUUGGGGAUCGCGAGAUCAGAGUGAACUGUAUAGCGCCCGGCCUCAUCGACGGCCCCAUGCAGCAGAAAUCCGUAGCAGCACGAGGCGGCGAGCAGGUAUGGAAGCAGCAAAUCCACAGGCGAGGCACGCCGCAAGAAGUCGCACAGUUGAUUGCGUGGCUGCUCUGCGACGACACGCAGUACAUCACAGGCACGGUACAAGUCAUAGACGGUGGAUGGGUAUGCUAGACAUUCGAGCAAUCAAUCGAC